GGCCAUGCCGGGGCCUGGCUGGCGCUGAGGGAGCGUCGCCCGCCCGCCCUGUACUCCCGCGGCCUCCUCGCCUACCCGCCUCCGUCCGCGGCCCGCUCUUCCCCCGUCGCCGUCCCAGGGCUCCGCGCAGACAACAUGGAGGCCGUGAAGACCUUCAACAGCGAGCUAUAUUCGCUGAAUGACUAUAAACCACCCAUUUCUAAAGCGAAAAUGACGCAGAUUACAAAGGCAGCCAUCAAAGCUAUUAAGUUUUAUAAACAUGUGGUACAAAGUGUUGAGAAAUUCAUUCAGAAAUGCAAACCAGAAUACAAGGUCCCUGGACUUUAUGUUAUUGACUCCAUUGUGCGGCAAUCUCGGCAUCAGUUUGGUCAAGAAAAGGAUGUCUUUGCACCCAGAUUUAGUAAUAACAUCAUUAGCACUUUCCAGAAUCUGUAUCGUUGCCCUGGGGAUGACAAGAGUAAAAUAGUACGAGUAUUAAACUUAUGGCAGAAGAAUAAUGUGUUUAAGAGUGAGAUUAUUCAGCCUCUUUUGGAUAUGGCGGCAGGGAUUCCCCCUCCGGUUGUCACACCUGUUUUGGCUGGUACUACCGCUGCUAUGAGCAAUACUCCAGGAACACCUGUGACACCUGCUACUCCAGCCAAUGUGGUCCAGGGCUUAUCUGAUCCUUGGGUAUCUCAGAUAACAAACACAGAUACACUUACAGCUGUUGCUCAGAUCUUACAGAGUCCUCAAGGUCAACAGCUACAGCAGCUAAUACAGACCCUGCAGAUACAACAGCAGAAGCCUCAGCCUUCCAUCCUGCAGGCCCUGGAUGCUGGUCUUGUGGUUCAGUUGCAGGCGCUCACAGCACAGCUUACAGCUGCAGCUGCGGCAGCUAACACGCUUACUCCCUUAGAUCAGGGAGUCUCCUUCAAUAAGAAGUUGAUGGAUAGGUUUGAUUUUGGGGAAGAUUCUGAGCAUAGUGAAGAACCCAAAAAGGAAAUUCCUACUCCUCAACUCUCACACGUGUCAGACUCUGUGAACAGCUCCAUCUUUCAUCAGAUAGCAGAACAGCUGCAGCAACAGAACCUUGAGCACCUUAGACAGCAGCUCCUGGAGCAGCAGCAGCCUCAAAAGGUAACUCCUCAGGACAGCCAAGAGGGAACAUUUGGGUCAGAACAUUCAGCAUCACCAUCACAAGGAAGUAGCCAGCAACAUUUUCUUGAACCUGAAACAAAUUUAGAUGAUUCCAUAGAUAUACAACAACAGGAUAUGGAUAUAGACGAAGGACAGGAUGCUGUAGAAGAGGAGAUCUUUGAACCAGAAGCUAAGAAAGUGGCUGUUCGCUCAAGAUCAAGAACUCAUUCACGAUCUCGUUCAAGGUCGCCAAGAAAACGAAGGUCCAGGUCACGUUCUGGUUCUCGCAAACGAAAGCAUAGAAAGCGAUCACGUUCCCGCUCAAGAGAAAGAAAGAGAAAAUCAUCACGCUCUUACUCAAGUGAACGAAGAGCUAGAGAAAGGGAAAAAGAACGCCAGAAAAAAGGAUUGCCCCCGGUUAGAUCUAAAACGCUAAGUGUAUGUAGUACUACUCUUUGGGUUGGCCAAGUGGACAAGAAAGCAACACAGCAAGAUUUAACCAACCUUUUUGAGGAAUUUGGACAAAUUGAAUCCAUUAAUAUGAUUCCUCCCAGGGGCUGUGCAUAUGUCUGUAUGGUUCAUCGGCAAGAUGCCUAUCGGGCUCUUCAGAAACUCAGUUCAGGAUCCUAUAAAAUUGGUUCCAAGGUUAUUAAGAUUGCUUGGGCAUUAAAUAAAGGUGUAAAAACAGAAUACAAACAGUUCUGGGAUGUUGAUCUUGGCGUCACUUACAUCCCAUGGGAAAAAGUUAAAGUGGAUGACUUGGAUGGUUUUGCAGAAGGAGGCAUGAUUGAUCAGGAAACUGUAAAUACUGAAUGGGAAACUGUGAAAAGCUCAGAACCUGCUAAAGAGACAGUCCAGACAACACAGAGUCCAACUCCAGUUGAAAAGGAGACAGUGGUCACAACACAGGCGGAGGUUUUCCCUCCACCUGUUGCCAUGUUGCAGAUUCCAGUAGCACCAGCAGUUCCCACGGUUAGCUUGGUUCCACCAGCGUUUCCUGUGUCAAUGCCAGUUCCCCCUCCUGGAUUCAGUCCAAUCCCUCCACCUCCUUUUCUACGAGCAAGUUUUAAUCCUUCACAGCCACCACCCGGUUUCAUGCCACCUCCAGUUCCCCCACCUGUGGUACCACCCCCUGCAAUCCCACCAGUAGUACCAACAUCUUUAGUGCAGCCUCCGUUGUCCAUGGCCCCUGAAGCUGUAAAGGAUGUUGGAUUUGGUGGCCUCAUGUUGCCGGGGGGAUCUGUUGCCGGCAGCCUUGCUGCUCCAGCUCUACCUGCUGGAGGUGUUUUUAAUCCUCCCACUAAAGCAGAACCUGAAGAAAAAGUACCUCAUCUUAUAGAACACCAGAUUCCUCCUGGGGAAAACACCAGACCAGUGAUUCCAAGUGAUAUUCCAAGUAGUGCUGCGAUAUUAGGACAACCGCCUAACGUGACAAGCAGUUCUGGAAUUCUAGGAGUCCAAAGACCAAACGUAUCGAGUAAUUCUGAAAUUCUGGGGGUCCGGCCAUCUAAUGUUUCCAGUAGUGCUGCGAUUAUUGGAGCCCAACCACCAAAUAUUCUAAACAAUUCUGGAAUUUUGGGACUACAGCCACCAAAUGUGCCCGCUGGCUCUGGACUUCUGGGAGUGCUGCCUCCUAACUUGCCUAAUAAUUCUGGACUUGUAGGAGUACAGCCACCAAAUGUUACAAGUCCUGCUGGAAUUUUGGGAACGCAGCCACCAAUUGGACCUCAAAAUUUGCCCCCUUUAACUAUUCCUAGUCAAAGGAUGCCUGCAUUGCCAAUGUUAGACAUUCGUCCAGGACUCAUACCACAGGCUCCUGGACCAAGAUUCCCUUUACUACAACCUGGAAUUCCACCCCAACGGGGUAUCCCUCCCCCUUCAGUACUUGAUGCAGCUCUUCAUCCACCACCCCGUGGACCUUUUCCUCCAGGAGAUCUUUUCAGUCAGCCAGAAAGACCUUUCCUGCCUCCUGGAAGACCUAGUAUAGACAGUGUCACUAACCCAGACAAAAGGAUACCACUGGGGAAUGACAAUAUUCAACAGGAAGGAGAUAGAGAUUACCGAUUUCCUCCCAUAGAAACUAGGGAGAGCAUUAGUAGACCUCCCCCAGUGGAUGUUAGGGAUGUGGUUGGGCGGCCUCUAGAUCCAAGGGAAGGCCCUGGACGGCCUCCAUUAGAUGGUAGGGAUCAUUUUGGAAGACCUCCUAUAGAUCUGAGAGAGAAUCUUGUGAGGCCAGGUAUAGAUCAUCUUGGUCGAAGAGACCACUUUGGCUUUACUCCAGAGAAGCCCUGGGGGCAUAGAGAUUUUGAUGAGCGAGAGCAUCGAGUUUUGCCAGUCUUUGGUGGUCCAAAAGGCUUACAUGAAGAAAGAGGUAGAUUUCGGCCUGGAAACUACCGAUUUGAUCCUAGAAGUGGUCCUUGGAACAGAGGAUUUGGGCAAGAAGUUCACAGAGAUUUUGAUGACCGCAGAAGACCCUGGGAGAGGCAGAGGGACAGGGAUGACAGAGAUUUUGAUUUUUGCAGAGAAAUGAAUGGAAAUCGUCUUGGACGAGAUAGAAUUCCAAACACUUGGGUCCCUCCUCCUCAUGCUCGGGUUUUUGAUUAUUUUGAAGGGGCCUCUUCACAACGAAAAAGUGAUAAUGUGCCUCAAGUUAAUGGUGAAAAUACAGAGAGACAUGCUCAGCCACCACCUUUACCAGUACAGAAUGAUCCUGAACUCUAUGACAAACUGGCAUCUUCAAGUGAAAUAAGCAAGGAGAAGAAUGACACAGUUGCUGAUGUAGAAAGUGAACCCGUGGUGGUAGAAAGCACAGAAACUGAGGGGACAUAAUCAUCGCUCAGUAGGCAAGAUGAUGAAUGAAAUCCUGGCAGCUUCCCGUGUCCCAGGCCUUGUAGAAAUAAAUGAGACAGACGUGCUUCAAAGUUCUAAUGGGCAUCACACCGGAUCUUGUUUAAGGAAGCGUUAAAGGAGCCCUGCCGAGGCCCGUUGAGAAGGCUCUGUGCUCUAGCCGUUGUUUCUGAUUGAAUCCAGAGGUUGCAAGCAUGCCUCCCUGUAUUACCUGUCGGAGCAGGUUUAAUUUUAUAAAUUUUAAACACAAACUCUAUGAGUUUCUAGUUCAUAGUUGUUCUUUUUGAGGAUCCACUCAGACGAGCAGUAUUACAUCUGUAAGAGAUAUGCACCCCACUGCCCAGAACUGAUGGGGAAAUCAGUGGCAAGAAACUCCAUCUGUAGCAUCAUCCAGUGCAUGAUGGGAAGGACAGAGGGCAAGGAAACCCUCCUGGGGGAAAGUCGUGCUGUGCCAGAACUACAGAUGGCCGGAACCAUAGUGUUACUACACCAGCGGUUUUUUCUGUUUUUUGUUUUUUCCUUGAACACAGUAGAUGUCCACUACUGUAAAGCCAUGUAAAAGCCUGACUGUGGCUUCAGUCCGUUGUCAUUAGUUACCUCCUUGGACACUCUCAAACAUUGAAAGGUGGAAGCUUUCAUUUUUUUUUUAAAAAAAAAUCCUUUUUAAUACAGCUUUGUGAAAACCCAGGGUUCAGCAUAGUUUUCUGAAUACUUGACUCCAGUCCUUCCUGUCCAGAUAUGCAACAGCCCAGGUGGGAGACGAGCAGCCUUGUGGGAGAGGAAGGGGAGUGGUGACGAUGAGCCCGCCGCGCUGUAUUGUAACAUACCCAUAUGUAAUUUCUUAGGAGCAUCUGUCUUAUUCAGGCAGAGAUGGUGAAAGUUUACUGCAAAUGUCCAGACCGGAUUUGUGUUUUGGAAAUGAUCAGUGUUCACAGUCCCUGCAAGGGGGUGGGGGUGAUGCAAAAACUCAAACCUGAGCUCCCUUUAUACCCAAAAGAAUAUUUUUUAAUCAUUCUUUUGUUUUUGGCUCUGUCAAAAAAUUAAAGUGCUUGAAUGCUUCAGUCUGUGGUCCCUUGAAACGUACUCAAUGAGAACCUAACACCUUCCGCAGUAUGCUGUCACUUUGGACAUUCAUAAUAAAAGCUGA